GGCGCGGACUUCAGUCGCUGGUUUUCGCAGCGCGAGCUUCACCGUCAUGGCUCGCACGAAGCAGACGGCGCGCAAGUCGACGGGCGGCAAGGCCCCGCGCAAGCAGCUGGCCACCAAGGCGGCCCGCAAGAGCGCGCCGGCCACCGGCGGCGUCAAGAAGCCGCACCGCUACCGGCCCGGCACGGUGGCCCUGCGCGAGAUCCGCCGCUACCAGAAGUCCACCGAGCUGCUGAUCCGCAAGCUGCCGUUCCAGCGGCUGGUGCGCGAGAUCGCGCAGGACUUCAAGACCGACCUGCGCUUCCAGAGCUCGGCCGUGAUGGCGCUGCAGGAGGCGUGCGAGGCCUACCUGGUGGGGCUCUUCGAGGACACCAACCUGUGCGCCAUCCACGCCAAGCGCGUCACCAUCAUGCCCAAGGACAUCCAGCUGGCGCGCCGCAUCCGCGGGGAGCGGGCGUAAACUUCUCCCGAAGCUGGUCCGGCCGCCCUCGCUUCCUCCCCCCUCCCCCAAAGGCUCUUUUCAGAGCCACUUCUGUUUUCACGGAGAGAAGCUGUGUACUCCGGCCUGCUGACUUAAAAGUACAGACCUCGUGGAAGAGAGCAGGGAAGUGGGGUCGGCGUACCGCAGUUUUUCUCCAGCUAAUGUCGCUUCGCCUUAUGCUAAAUACGUUUAGUGGCGGAGGCCUUUGCGUACUGGGUUCGUCUUCUACUAAAUACUUUAGAAAGCUGUUCCUUAAUAGACGGUUUAUCUAAAAAGACUGCAGAGACCAAGUUACCGUUUGAUCCUUUAAGUAC